ACACACAUACAGUGUAUUAGUAUGGGUCAGUUCUCUCUUUCUGUUUGAGCCAGUGUUGGAGUACAGAAGAAAGUGUAUGUAUGACAGAAGAAGUACAGCACUGCGUCCAGACCUGUAGACUUAUUACUAUUUAUGUAUGAGGGGAUCAUUCUAACUCGGGACUUUUAAGAAAGGUGGGCACGCAACAGUAAUGGGAGACUGGAACUCGCUUGGGAAGCUUUUGGAAAGUGCCCAGGAACACUCCACGGUGGUGGGCAAAGUCUGGCUCACCGUACUCUUCAUCUUCCGCAUCUUGGUGCUCAGUGCUGCCGCAGAGAAGGUUUGGGGCGAUGAGCAGUCCGGUUUCACCUGCGACACCAAACAACCUGGUUGCCAGAACGUAUGCUAUGAUGUAACCUUCCCGAUCUCUCACAUCCGAUUCUGGGUGCUUCAGAUCAUCUUCGUCUCCACUCCGACACUGAUCUACCUGGGCCACAUCCUGCACCUGGUGCGCAUGGAACAGAAACAAAAACACAAUGAGGCAGGCGGGACGGACAAACAGGCACUUUUGAGCACCAAAUCUGUAAAAGGUCCCAUACGUGACGAACAGGGGAAGAUCCGUCUGCAGGGAAUCUUGCUACGCACGUAUGUCUUCAACAUCAUCUUCAAAACACUGUUUGAGGUGGGCUUCAUUGUGGCACAGUACUUCCUGUACGGAUUCGAGCUCAAGCCACUGUAUACCUGCAACAGAUGGCCCUGUCCCAACACCGUCAACUGCUACAUCUCACGACCUACAGAAAAAACCAUCUUCAUCAUAUUUAUGCUGGCCGUGGCCUGUGUUUCUCUGCUACUCAACCUGGUGGAGAUGUACCACCUGGGUUUCACCAAAUGCCACCAGGGUCUUCGAUACAGGCGCUCUCAUUCUGUCUGCGAUACUGAAUCUAAAGCGCCUAGUGAGGAUGUGGUGGUUCCGUUUGUGCCAAACUACCCGUAUUUUCCACCUCACGCACCACCUCCGGCUCCCUUUCCCACAGAGCCACACUUCAACCUCUCAGAACCCGACGGAACCUUCCCGACACACGGCAGCCGCUCUGUUUAUAAGCAGAACCGCGAGAACAUGGCUGUAGAGCGUAGCGGGAAACCGGACGCUGCAGAUGUCAAGAUCAACAAAACAGCAAAUUCUGUCCCAGGAUCACCAAGCCAGCAGCGCAGGCCCAGCCAUUCAAGUCGAUACAGCAACAACAAGACCAGGAUGGAUGACCUCAAAAUCUGACCAGACGCAAACAAUACUCCAACUAGACUCCUCUUUCGCUCACAGGCUCUGAGCGCAUGACAAGAAUAAAAGUGUCAUUUAGAGUGACAUCAGAAUCAGGGAUUCCGAAAGUAAACUGGUGUGAUGCUUUACUUGAAUUCAUUUUGUGGGAACAUUGCAAUAACUUGAUCAUUAAUCCAAAAGACUGAUGAUUGAAUCAUAAACUAAAAUUAAAUGGAAGCUUUGAAAUUAUGAUACAUUAAGACAUAAUUAUGACAUAAAGAGUCAAAAUUAUGGCAUAAAGGAUAUUAUGAAAUACAAAUCAUGGCAUAAAAAGUUGAAAUUAUGAGUCAUUAUGACAAAUUUCUACAUAAUUAAACAUUUUUCUUAUAAUUUUGACAUUUUGUCAUCAUUUCGAUUUGCAUAAUUAUGAAUUGAUCUCAUAUUUUUUACCUCUUUAUUUCAGAAUUAUGAGUUAGUAUCUCAUAAUUUCAACAUUAUACGUCAUGAUCAUGAUUUACCAAAAUGGAAAAGGGCUUUUGUAAGGAUGAUCACUUAAAAAGAAUUAAAAAGGCUUUUCAGUUACCAACAUUAAAAUACUUAGGAGACUUACGGGUAAAAUGUGAACGUUUGAAUUUUGUGAGGUUUUUAGGGGGCGGACUGACUGUGGAGGAAAACUAAUUUAUAUUUUUUCAGCGGCAACACUAAUCACAUUUUACAAGUCAACAGCUUACAACAGUUUCAUCAUCUAGACUUGUCUGACUGUCUUUAUCAGGUGUUUACAGUGUGUCUAUAUCUUGCUUAAAUGUUUUUAACCAGAGAACUAGUAAUGUAUGAAUGCACCAUCCACACAUUCUCAUGUAAACAUGAAUGAUAUAAAGCAAAGUUGCCAUGUGUGUGUUCACUUCUUAAAUAAACACUGGAGACUAUUCUUAGAGAGCU